GCUUUGAACUAGGGAGUAGCCCCGCCUUCUUAUCGCUAAACGUUGUAUGUCCAUGAACAAGAACCACAUUAUUUUAGCAGAGAUUGACUGUUUGACAUGAGAAAUACUUCAUUCACCAUAUUUAGCCUAAUAGUUCACAUGUCUAUUUCAAAUCCAUGAAGUCGACGGACGCAGUAUAAAGUAAGGAAACAGAGUUAGCCUAGAUUACUUCUGGACUAGUCUGCAUGCUCUCCAAUCGGAAUACAUAUCAACUGUUUGAAGUUGUUACAUCUUGAGAACGGCCACAAUCUAUCAUUGCAGCAGUCCACGAAUUGGUUGAAUUCGCUCACGUCUCGUGUGGUGACACGGGCCACCAUCGUGAUAAUUUCCUCGCCUUCACUUCACAUAAACUACCACGACGGCAAGGCCAGCCAUGGUGAACAGCCGGGUGGAGGCGUCAGCCGUGGCGGUAACAGGUGGCGGCGGCUCGUCAGGCAGGUCCUGCGCGGGCUGCGGCGGGCGCAUCGCCGACCGCUUCCUGCUCUUCUCCAUGGAGCGCUACUGGCACACGCGCUGCCUCAAGUGCUCCUGCUGCCACUCCCAGCUGGGCGAGAUCGGCACCACCUGCUACAGCAAAGGGGGCAUGAUCCUCUGCAAGAACGACUACAUCAGGCUGUUCGGGCACAGCGGGGCAUGCAGUGCCUGUGGCCAGUCCAUCCCUGCCAGUGAGAUGGUGAUGCGUGCACAGGGCAACGUGUACCACCUCAAGUGUUUCACCUGUGCCACCUGUAGGAACCGGCUGGUGCCGGGUGACCGCUUCCACUACGUUAACGGCACCAUCUUCUGUGAGCACGACAGGCCAGGGGGCGCUCUACUCCGGAGUCACCUGACCCCACUGCAGGGGAACGGCAUGAUGCCUGACCAGAAGGUGUGCUGAAGAAGGAUGGAUGACAAAGCAACGUGUGCCUUUCCCCCACCUCCUGCUCUUCCUCCAUCUUUAAGUUCGUCCUACACCAUCCAUCCCUUCGUUCAGAUAUUCCAAUAUCCAUACUCCGGAUACUGCUGCCAGUGUCCAGUGGCUUUCUUAACAACACUGCAUUCCCAACAAAAUCAUAUUUGCUGAGGAGGGAAAGACUAUUGAUGAGGAUGAUAUAUGGUGUCGAACCAGUGUCCAUUUUUGGUAAGGCCAAUGCUGACAGACUUGUAAUGCCCCGAGAGGAGGACUAUGGUAUUUCCAGUGAUGGACCAUUCAUGAUGUAGCACCUUUCCUUAGCCAGCACAUAACACUACAGGGAGUGAGAGAGAGAAGACACGGACUAAUAUGGAAACACAUAUAAACUGGUUCUGGUCAGGGGCUGCUUCAAUCAAGCUACAGUAUACUGACUCUCGAAACAGGAAGAGCACAUUCAAACAAGACAGGCCACACGAAUACACAGACGCACACUUUCUGAGCUCAGACUCUCUAGACCCUUUCAUGUGUUGCGAGAAACAGGAAAUAAUGUGGUUGUAAUGCUGCCGUAGCUUUGCCCACUGGACGUUCCUGAACUCUCAUUGGUUCACUCAACUGGUGAGUUGGGCCAAACAAGUAAAGAUCAAAUACACCUGCCUGGAUGUCUCAUUUACAUUAAAACAUAUACUACAUUUAAGAAUGUCUGUAGAAUAUUCAUCAAAACAUACCUUUUAGUCCCAUGAUUAUUUUAUACUGCAAGUGGUUGCCUUUUUGUAGAUUGUCUUUGAUGUUUAGUUAUGUUUUCAGGUGAAGAUGGUUCCUGGGCUUAGGAAAUGUACUCCUGUUUAUGGGAACAUACAAAUAUGCAUUUGUAAUUGUCGUUUAAAACAUUUUUUAUUCCAGUGAGAAUUGUAAUUCCAACAUGACUUCGCAGCAGUGCUCCAUAUGUCCUAAAUGUAUUCUCGUUGUGUGGUGGUAGAAGAGGAGAAGGUCCAAGUUGAACUGGUCCACAUAUAACCUGGGUAAUGUUGAGUAGGGCUCACCGUAGCAGAGCAUUAUUAUUUUCUAUUGUUUUUUUUAAACGAAAAUAAGUGUUUCUUAUUGGAGAAUUCCAGGUAGCCCCUACCUGGUUCACGCUGUUUUCUUCCAUUUGGUACCUAAUGAACACGACCCAGGUUCAGAGAAUAAGGGCAUGGGGAUUGGGAGAAGUAAUAACUGUAUAUAUAUUUUCUAGUGCUAUAAUUGUAUUGUGUGCUCUAUGGUUGAAUUUUGUCAUUGUUUGGCCUUUGUUUCAAGCAGAGGCCCAUUUUCAAAUGCUGUAAAACAUUUCUAAAUAACUAUAAUCAUAAUAUCGCCAGUCA